UUGAAAGAGACCCAAAAAUCUACGAUUAUCAUCACGUACAUUAAUAUUCAUUCAUUAAAAUAUGGAGGUUAAAGUUGUCUCCAAGGAAAGCAUAAAGCCCUCUAUACAAACUCCUCAUCACUUGAGGAACUACAAAAUCUCCUUCCUAGACCAAUUUACUCCUUGUUCAUACAUCCCAGUCAUUCUCUUUUACAAUGCCGAAGAUAAUGUUGAUGAAUUUGAGGUACCCCAACUAGUUGUCAAGAAAUCCCUGGCUGAAACUCUAAGCUAUUACUAUCCUCUUGCUGGCAGAUUCAAAGAUGUACAUUACUCCAUUGAGUGCAGUGACGAGGGAGUUGUAUACAUGGAAGCCCAAGCAAACUUUAAUCUCUCAGAGUUUCUUGAAAAUCCUGAUAUCCCAUUCCUUAACAAGUUCCUUCCGUGCAAUGGCAACUGCCUACAGCCAUGUUAUAAUCAACCUCUCCUUGCUCUCCAAACCACCACUUUUGAAUGUGGUGGAAUAGCCAUUGGAGUUUGCAUGCUUCACAAGGUUGUUGAUGCAUCGACGAUGAGUACUUUCUUGAAAACAUGGGCCAAGCUGAGCCAUGGUGAAGGAGAUGAAACACUGUAUCCAGACUUCACUUCAGCUGUUUCUUUAUUCCCUCCGAUAGAAUCAUUACCAAUAAAGUUCCAAAGGAAUUCCGAGGACUUCUAUUUCCAAGGCUCUAAAUCUCCUAUGAGAAGAUUCUUGUUUGAGUCCAAAGCCAUAAAGGCUCUCAAGGCUAAUACCUCUAGUAAAACCCUUCCUUUUCCAUCUAAAAUUGAAGCAUUGACAGCUUUCAUUUGCAAACGGAUUGCAACAGCCUCUAAAUCCCUCAUGGAUGCACCAAAGACUUUACUUAUCACGCAUGCAGCUAAUCUGAGGCCUCGCGCUGAGCCACCUUUGCCCCAAAAAUCUUUUGGGAACCUUCUUUGGUUGCCAUUUGCUUUUUAUGACCCUUUAGACACUAACAUGGAGCUGCCUGAUCUGGCAAUAAUGCUAAGGGAGGUGUUUGCCCAAUUAACUGCCGAGAACAUUAAAGAUAUAGACAGUGAAUGCACGUUCGCAUCGAUCAACGAGCUGCUCGAAAGUUGGUCAACAAUUGAGAAUAUAAAGAUUUUUAGAUUCACAAGUUGGUGCAAUAUGGGGCUAUAUGAUGUUAAUUUUGGGUGGGGAAAGCCUGUUUGGGUUGCUCAUAUGGGGGAUUUACCCGAUGCUCAUGUGAGAUCCAAGCAACAAUUUGUGUUUCUAGAAAGUGCAUGUCGAGAAGGAAUAGAGUUGUGGGUUGCUUCUGAUGAUGAAGAGAUAAGGGUUCUGGAAAAGGAUUCAGAGUUUCUUGCAUAUGCCAGCCCAAAUCCAAGUAUAAUUUGCAUCACAAAAAUAUAGUUUUCUAAGAACCAGGCCUUUUUUUGGGUACAUGGAGAAAUUUUCAAGAAUUUAAUAGAGUUGUGGGUUGCUUCUGAUGCUGAAAAGAUUAGUGUUCUUGAAAAGGAUCCAAAGUUUCCUGUAUGGAAUUAAUUCUACAUUUAUUCAUUUAGUAUAAUGCAAAGAUAAUAAACUUUUAUGUU